GUUGAAUGUGUUUUGUGAGCACUUUUCAGGUGAUUCUCUCGUCAUUUCAUUGACAAUACAUUCAAAUGGUUAUGCAUUGAAUGCAAUCAAUGUAUCCGUCAUUCACUCCAUUCCUCAAAUGAGUCCACUGUUUGUUUGCAUUCACUCUGAAUUGGACUCAAUUUAACACGAGUUUCAAUCGGCGGUCAAAGAGUAGACUGGCUUUCAGUCCAAUCGCUACCUAUUCAUUGGAUUUCAUGUAAACACCAAACCAUUGUAUUGUCAUUUGUGUGACAAUUGGUGCGAGCAUUACAAGACAUUGCAUCGAUUGGUGACAAUAUCCUAAUCUCCGUCACGUCUUGAGCUGUGUUUGGGGUCACCGGUGGACUCAAAGGUCACACAAACCACUUGUUUGCCACUCAUUGUCAACACGACGGCUAUUAUUGCAAACAAAUCGUCAAAAACUUUGUUUCAAUUAUUUCUACAAAACGGAAGUCUUUUACAGAAGCCGUCAAACGUUUCACACUUUUUGUCACUUUUUAAAUCAUUUUUCAUAUUUUAUUUAUGUUGUGCUGAAGUGUACCACCAAUUAGUUGAUUGAAACGAUGGCCGCGAGUGUGCGAACACCUCUUCAGACGGUUCACGAAUCCGUUGCCACCGAUCAGACUGAAGAGACAGUGACCAUAAACCCGAUCCGAACGACGACCAGGAGUCGGACAUCAGAGGAGCCACACAUCGGUCGCUACCGAUUGCUGAAGACUAUAGGAAAAGGAAACUUCGCGAAAGUAAAGUUAGCUAAACAUCUGCCCACCGGUAAAGAGGUUGCCAUCAAAAUCAUCGACAAAACACAACUCAAUCCUUCAAGUCUUCAAAAACUGUUCCGAGAGGUGAGGAUAAUGAAGAUGUUAGACCACCCGAACAUUGUAAAGCUGUAUCAAGUGAUCGAAACCGAGAAAACGCUGUAUUUGGUGAUGGAGUACGCGAGCGGUGGAGAAGUGUUUGACUAUUUGGUAGCUCACGGGAGGAUGAAGGAGAAGGAGGCCAGAGCUAAGUUCAGACAAAUUGUGUCCGCCGUUCAGUACUGCCACCAGAAAAGGAUUAUUCACAGAGACCUCAAAGCGGAAAACCUUUUGCUGGACGGAGAGAUGAAUAUAAAGAUCGCUGACUUUGGGUUUAGCAAUGAGUUUGUUCCCGGACAGAAGUUGGACACCUUCUGUGGCAGUCCUCCAUAUGCCGCACCCGAGCUCUUCCAGGGCAAGAAAUACGACGGACCAGAAGUGGACGUAUGGAGUUUAGGCGUAAUAUUGUAUACCCUAGUCAGUGGUUCCCUUCCCUUCGACGGCGCUAAUCUCAAAGAACUUAGAGAACGAGUACUUCGUGGCAAAUAUAGAAUCCCUUUCUAUAUGUCUACCGAUUGCGAGAAUUUACUUAAAAAGUUUUUAGUUUUAAAUCCGGCGAAGAGGGCCUCUUUAGAAAAUAUAAUGAAAGACAAGUGGAUGAACAUAUCCUUCGAAGACGACGAACUCAAGCCAUACAUCGAACCGGAAGCAGAUUUGGCGGAACUGCGGAGGAUUGAUAUCUUAUCGUCAAUGGGUUAUGGAAGGGAAGAGAUCGAAGAAUCGCUUAGAAGUAGAAAAUAUGAUGACAUUAUGGCUAACUAUUUGCUAUUAGGAAAGCGCACAACUGAGAACGAAUCGUGUGAUUCCCGUUCGAGUUCGAGCCUAUCUUUGCGUGGAAUCCGCGCCAACGCUGAGAUCACUAGUAAUAGUCAGUCACCAUCUCAUGUGAAAGUGCAGAGGAGUGUCUCCGCGACGGCCAAACCCCGAAGGUUUAGUCACGGAGGAGAUAAUGGCAACCAAAACACGACAAACAGCGCCUCCGCAACGGCCGCCACCACCACUUAUAAGAAACAAAACGCUUUAGAAGUGAACUCUUCCAAAGACGGCACCAAUAAUUCAAACGGUCCGCCCUCUCCUUCUGUGACGAACAGCCGAUCAAUGAAAUCUCCGACGGGAGGCGUUCUCGACUCCAGCGGCUCUUCAGCCGCUCAAGUACUCAGUCCUUCAAAGAUUACAGCCAUCGGAAUGGGAUCAUUGAGACAAAAGCCCACCACUUCUCCCAUUUCUGCCGCUGUCUUGAAGAACACUUUCAGUGGAAUUCCGCGAAGAAAUACUUAUAAUUAUAACAAUGAAAAGAGUGCGUCCACUGAAAAGGCGUCCAUUAAUGAUAACCCGGGUAACACUUCUGAAGAUAAUUCAAACUCGAGUGCGUCGACAGUAUCUUCUAUUGCGACACUCAGACCACCUAAAGGUCACACUAAGUCCGCCUCUAUAUCUGUUGCGGGACGUAAUAAGAGUGAUAUGCGUCCCGAUAGUAGUAGUGACUCGAGUCGCGUCGCCGGCAGCUCUUCAACGAAAGGUGCGAUCUCUCCACUGCCUGUCGUGAACCGUGCAUUUCCGAGAGGGACAGUCAAUAGGAGCACAUUUCAUAGCGGACAGACUCGUGAGCGAAGACAACCCAAUUUUAACGGUCCCGGAGGUGUUCCCCUUCACACUCAGGACACCUCUGGUCUCUCGAGACAGUCUUUCUUUAAACAAUGGCUGACGACUGCUGUUUUGGCGCUUCAGAAGCCAACGUUUCACAACCUAUUCUUAUUGACGCUAAUGCUCGUUUCCCUGAAAUACCUGUUGCUCUGCGUUCACGGCGACCCCAACACCGACUCUCUGGUCCAGUGGGAGAUCGAGGUCUGCAAACUGCCGCGACUCUCCCUCAAUGGCGUCCGAUUUAAGCGCAUUUCCGGCACUUCUAUUGGCUUCAAGAAUAUUGCCUCCAAAAUAGCUAAUGAACUCAAGUUAUGA